AUGUGUGAAGCUAGUGACAGAGGCUUCCCUCAAACGUUCCAGUUUCAAAGAAAAUGGAAACACCUACGUGAUGGUUUUUCCAGAGAACUGGCGAAACAAAAACAGGAGAAAUCAGGUUCCUUGUGCUCUGCACGAAAGAAAUAUGUUUAUUUCGACCACCUUUUAUUCCUUCUGAGGGUGAUGCAAGGAAAGUACACCGUGUUCGAUUUGGACGAUGAAAAUCACCAAAAAGUGGAUGAAUCCUACAGUGGUGACAACGCAACUUUGAGACCGUUGGUAAAAAAGAGGAAGACAAGUUUUCCUUCUGAAGAAACUAUUUUACACAGUCCAAAAGACACAACACAGUUCAGGUGCAAAAGUCCUGUUGACGAAAGCGAUGCUGAUCGUUUAUUCAUGUUGUCUUUCGUCAAAGAGCUGAAACAAGUUCCAGAGGAAUUCAAGCUGGAAGUAAAAUCGGACAUUAUAAAUGUCUUCAGAAAAGCCAAAUUGUAUAACUCCUCAAAAAGUACAACUACGAGUUCUGUUUGA